AUGUCGUUCUUUGGCAAGUUCAAGACAGGCUCGACCCAAACUGGCUCAGCGUCCAAAGACUCCGCCGCCAAGAAAGACCCCAAUGCGCCGCAACCUACACCGUUAGAGAAGCAUCUCGCCGAUGCGGUAGGGCCGCCGCGCCCUGAUGGAAGUGAUAAGUUCUUUGGGUUUGAAAACUACGGUUCGACAUGCUAUUGUAAUUCGAUAAUACAGUGCUUAUACUACUCCGCGCCCUUUCGGGAACACGUCAUCAACUUCCCCUCGAAAGAUGUUCUCGACACGAUACGAACCAAAGACGCCAACGGCGCACCUCUAUCCCCACGAGAGACAUCGACAACACCCUAUCCAAACCCUACCUCACCCGCACGAAAACAGAAUGUCCCUGGAUCGCCGGGCCCGCAAGGGCAACAAAAGCCUGAAGAGAGCAAAGACUCGCCAGAGUAUAGAAAGAGGAUGGCAUUGCAGAAUGGGCCCGUUCUGGACAUGACAUACGACAAUUCGGCCAAGUAUGGCAUGGACGAGUCGCUAUUCACAUCGCUAAGAGACAUCUUUGAGAGUAUUAUCGGGAACCAAUCGCGGAUAGGUGUGGUCAGCCCGCAUCGAUUUCUGGAGAUUCUAAGACGUGAGAAUGAGAUGUUUCGAUCGGCCAUGCACCAGGAUGCGCACGAGUUUCUGAACCUACUAUUGAACCAGGUGGUGGAUAAUGUGGAGAUGUUCUCGAAGCAGCAUCCCGCUCUCACGGCGCCGAUCCAGGCCAAUGGUGGAGCUCCUGAGAAGAUUGCGGGAACUGAGUUGAGCAUAUCGACAAAUGGACUCAAUGUACCGCAAGCUGGACUGGACACUCACUGGGUACACGACCUGUUCGAAGGACUACUCACAUCAGAGACGCGAUGCUUGACGUGUGAGAAUACAUCGCAAAGAGAUGAGGCAUUCUUGGAUCUGUCCGUGGACCUCAGCUCGCACACCUCCGUAACGUCAUGUCUACGCAAGUUUUCAGAAGAAGAGAUGCUGUGUGAGCGCAACAAAUUCCACUGCGACAACUGCGGCGGCUUGCAAGAAGCAGAGAAGAGGAUGAAGAUCAAGCGGUUACCACGGAUUCUGGCCUUGCAUCUGAAGCGCUUCAAGUAUACUGAGGACCUGCAGCGGUUACAGAAGCUGUUCCAUCGAGUAGUGUAUCCAUUCCACCUGCGACUGUUCAAUACGACUGAUGACGCCGAGGAUCCGGAUCGUCUGUAUGAACUGUAUGCCGUCGUGGUGCACAUUGGCGGGGGCCCCUAUCACGGCCAUUAUGUCAGCAUCGUCAAGACGCAAGAUCGAGGCUGGCUACUCUUCGACGAUGAACUGGUGGAGCCUGUCGAUAAGAGCUACGUGAUGAACUUCUUUGGUGGGGAGCCUCAGCCUGGAGUUCAGGACGCGAAACAACUGGCGUGCGCAUAUGUGCUCUUCUACCAAGAGACGACACUAGAGGCAGUUCUCAAAGAGCAGGAAGCGGAGAGAGGCGCUGCCCCAGUACCGACUCGAACAUCUGAUGUUGAGACCUCGAAAGAUCCAUCGUCUCCCAUUAAGAAUGGUGACGGUCUGGCCCAUGUUCACACUGCCACUACUCCUUCGCCGCACGAUAUGGAGCAUAUGGAUAUGCUCGCACAUGCUGCAACCGCACCACAAAUGCCGAACUUGGCAGCAGCAGCAAAUGCGAGACCUCACUUGGAUCAUCUGCAGGGUACUCCACUUUCUCCCGUGAUGCCGACCAAGACGAAGAAGGAGCUGAAACAGGAAGAAAAGGAACGCGAAAAGGCAGCUAAGGCGGCGAAGAAAGCCGAGGAGAAAGCGCUUGAUGAAAAGCGCCAAGAAGCCAGCAGGAAGCGACAAGAAGCAUGGAAGCGCCAAGACGAGGAGAUGAAGGCUGUGAUGGAAAUGAGUAAACAGACAGCCGCCGAAGAAGCCAAGACUCGCGGCGACGAAGGUCCAAAGGAGAAGGAGAAAGAGAGCGGGUUCUCCAGGUUCAGGCACGGAAGCAUGAGUCUGAGGAAGAAGCCGAUGAUGUUUGGCAAAGAUAAGGAGAAGAGCAAGGAGGAGAAACUUCCUCCCGUGCCGCAGAAUGGGACCGUGGAAGUGCCCAACGGAACCGCGCCGAGCAAUGGUGCAGUCCAGGCGGCUCAAGCUGCAGCCGAGAAGACGACCGCCAGGGAUUCUGUGGGUGCUGCGCCGGCGGUUCAGGCUGUACAGCAGCAAGAAGAGAAGAGCAAGAAGAACCGGUUCAGUCUGGGGAGGAAGAAGAGCACGCUUAUCGGGUGA